CUGCGUCUACAGUAAAUUUGUUUGGAGAGAGAAAAUGGCGUCAGAAUCAGCGGAAACGUUAGCCGAACAAGACACAGAACUGGACGAGUUAUUGGACAGUGCACUCGAUGACUUUGAAAAGACAAACCCGGCCCCCCCAGCCCCAGUUCCUGCUGCUGCCGCGGCUCCCCCGUCAGCCAAGGGCAGUGAGGAGAAACCCCCUCUACUGGAAGACAGUCAGUUCUUUGAGGCUCUGUUUGAAGGGGAGAUGGCCUCUCAGGCGAAGGAGGAGUGGGAGAAAGCCAUGACUGAACUCGCACAGGAAGAACCUGAGCUGCUGCAACACUUUCACAAAUUGUCAGAGGCAGCAGGGAAAGUUGGUACUGAUGUAGCCUCCCAACAGGAAUUCACUUCCUGUCUCAAAGAUACCCUCAGUGGAUUGGCGAAAAAUGCAGACAACUUACAGAGUGCAGGUUUGGCUGGAGAGGAUCUAGCAAAGACUCUGGAAGGGCUGGGAUUGGAUGAGGGUGGACAGGGGGGCGGGGAAGAUGGAAACAUCUUGCCGAUUAUGCAGUCCAUCAUGCAGAAUCUACUCUCCAAGGAAGUGCUCUACCCAUCUCUCAAAGAGAUCACUGAGAAGUAUCCUGAGUGGCUGAACAGCAAUCGUCAGUUCCUCCCGCCAGAUCAGUUCCAGCGCUACGAACAGCAGCACAAGGUCAUGGGAGAGAUCUGCAGCCAGUUUGAGAAGGAGGGAGAGCGAAGUGGAAGGGAUGGGGAGAAUCGCUUUGAGAGCAUUCUGGAACUCAUGCAGCAGCUACAAGACCUGGGCCAACCACCCAAAGAGCUGGCUGGUGAAUCGCCACCUGGCCUGAACUUUGACCUGGAAUCCCUGAAUCUCCCAGGAGCCUCUGGGGCUGGAGCAGCAGAGCAGUGCUCAGUCAUGUGAUGUCAGAGCAGCCAGAUCAAUGGAUGCACAGGCUAGGAGCUGUGUGCGAGGGGGGGAUGAUGAGAGAGGACGAUCGAUCACAAGACAAGGAGGAGAACGAGACUGUUUGCACUGCUCACCUCGCAACAGAUGUUUCUGUGUCUAAAUAGAAGGCACAGUCAAGGGUGGCACAACAAACCAAUGUUACCACCCUUCGGUAACUCACUGAGCAUCACUUCACUGAUUUUAAAUUAAUUGCUUUGGUUUUUCAUAAGCUCUUCCAAGUCAUUCAUAGUACAGGUAGUAGCAUACCCACACACACAGCUCAACUGACUAGCACUUGACUUAUGAGUCUGUUUUUACACUCACCAUUGUUUAGCCUCAUGGUAGAACUGGUUGAACUGCCCUAUUGGUUAAAAUGGUGCCUUGCAUUAUUGUUAGAAACCUUACAGCAAGGAUAAUAGGAUUCUCUGUUGUGAGUUGCUGAGUGAUGAUUGAGUUGUUUCAUAGCUGCAGUAUCAUCAUGGGGCUGCGUGCCCAACAAAGGGUGUUGAGUCAGCGUCACAGUUCCACUCAUCAAUAAAGUAACACCAACACCCAA